AUGGACGAAGAGAACGUGCUCAGUUUCGUCAGCAUCACCUCGUGUGACCCUGACAAGGCUCUGCAGUAUCUGCGUCUGACAGACAACAACCUCGAGCAGGCCAUACAGCUCUUCUUCGAUAGCCCAAACCUUGAUUUCGGGCCAGCGGCUCCCUCGAACGCGCCCGCCGCUGCCUCCUCAGCGCAGAACGCUAUCGGCAUCGAUUCUGACGACGACAUGUCCGACUUCAACCCUGGCGCACAGACAGACACCCCUCCCGUACGGUCGAAUCUCGAGAGCGACGAAGAGCUGGCGCGGCGGUUACAGGAGGAAGACUAUGGCGGCGGUGGCGCAGCACGUGGUCAAGACGAAGUCCGCGCACCCAUCCAACGAACACAAGAGACACUAGUUGGCCCUGGGUCGAAUUGGGGGCCUGCCGACGCGGACGACGACAUUGACGCCAUGGUGCAGGAGCAGCUGGCACGUCGGCAACGAGGUCGAGCUGGCAUCUUCAACCAGCGCACCGCCCAAAGCUCCGUAUGGGACAACUCCGCCGACUCAGAAGCUAGACGCCGUGAGCUUGCCACAUCAACGGGUGGCGCGUCCGAGCAGAGUGCCAAGAUGAACAUGCUCGCCGAGCUAUUCCGACCACCGUUCGAGAUGAUGUACCAGGGAUCAUGGGAGAAGGCGCGAGACAUGGGCAAGGAGGAGGAGAAGUGGCUCAUCGUCAACAUCCAAGACCCGGCCAUCUUCGACUGCCAGCUCCUCAACCGCGACAUUUGGAAGAAUGAGCACAUCAAAGCGACAGUACGGGAGAACUUCAUCUUCAUGCAGUACGCGAAAGACGACCCCCGCGGCCAGCAGUAUGUCAACUAUUACUUCCACGCCCGCGACAGCUCCGACGCAUACCCACACAUCGCCAUCGUCGACCCCCGAACAGGAGAACAGGUCAAGGUCUGGUCCGGUCCACCGAUUCCCCCGCCUGUCGAGUUCCACGCUCAGCUUCACGAAUUCCUCGACCGCUACAGUCUAAAUGUCAACGUGAAGAACCCUGUAGCCAAGCGAAAGGCGGAGAACAAGAAGGUCGAUGUCAACCGCAUGACUGAAGAGGAACAACUGGAAUGGGCGCUGCAGAACAGCAUGGACAACGGCGGCAGUGGCAAUGAAGGGCCCAAAGACAACGACCCAGACGCGCUUACAAAGGACGAAGACAAGGGCAAAGCGCGCGCGACUUCGCCCGUACCGGAAGCUGCCUCGGCACCAACACCAGCGCCAGCAGAAGAAGAGCCGGCAACCGCAACAAACCCUUUGUUCGCUUCCAUCUCAUCGCACGCACCCCACACAGAACCCACCGUCACAGACCCACAGGUCACAACGCGCAUCCAGUUCCGCGGACCCACCGGCCGCCCCGUCGUCCGGCGCUUCAACCUGUCAGACUCCGUGCGCCGCGUCUACGAAUGGAUCAAGAGCGACGCACCCUGGGAUGGGAAGCAGGGCUCUGAGUUUGACCUGGUGUUCAUGGGCAAGAACUUCAUCGAGCAUCUUGACGAGACCAUCGAGGCUGCUGGGUUGAAGGGCGCGAGCUUGAUGGUCGAGUUUGCCGAGUAG